UCCACUCGAUCGUACCUUUCGUAGACAGUGUUUUUUUUAAAUAAAUUCUACAACAAUUAAUCACAACUUUAAAAAAAAUUUUUUUAGUGUUUUAAAUUAUCACAUUGCAUAUUUUGCUAAAAAAAAAGUUCACAAUGAAGAUAUUUUCACUAAUUGUUUUAAUUAUCUUUUUAAGUCAUCAAACUUGUGGAACAAGAAGAAUAGUCAUAAACAAAUUAUUAGCAAAUGGACAUGAGGCAGCACAAGAUUUAAUUGAAAUGAAGUCUAGAAUUCUAAUUGAAACUAUCAGGGAUGUUAUUAAAAAUGGGAACAAACUAUUGAAAGUUGGUCCUCUUGAUCCCUUCAAUAUAGGAUUUAAAAAAUUCACAAAUAUUUCAACCGAAGAAUAUGUAGGAAAUGUUCAAGUAAACAGUAUAAAUAUAAUUGGUGUGUCAAAUUUUAAAGUUGAUAAAUUGCAACUAAAAUUACGUGAUUUAAUAAUGAAUAUAAGUCUACAUUGGCCAAUAUUAAAUUUCAAAUUCAAUUCUUACAAUAUUGAUGGUGCAGUUAUGAAUACCAUGACUGUAAAAGAAACCGGAAAUGCCGAAUUUCUCAUUAAAGAAUUGAAAUUUUCAACACAAUUUCCAUUGAAAUUAAGUAUGAGAAAACAGCGAUUGUCUGUAGUUGAAAUGAAAUCAAAUAUUUCUCUAAGCGAAGUGAAGGUAGUGUCAAUGGAUCCUCUAAGUGAAGAAAGUUUGGCAGACAUGUUUAAAGAUUUUAUCGAAGAAAAUGUUCCAAAUUAUGUUGAAUCUCUGCAAGAAAACAUUGUUGGUGUAAUAAAUUCCUAUUUAAUGAAGAGUAUCAAUGAAAUUCUCAGCAAAAUAUCAGCAAGAAAAUUAAUGCUACAAUUCACAAAAAUUUUAGUGAAAAAUAGAGAAACGUCUAAUUCAACUGUAACUAGUACAACAACUGCACCGACUCCUGCAACUUCAACGACUGAUACGACUUUAACAAUUGCAGCGAAUUUUGCGACUUCAACAAAUGCAGAAACUCCUACGACUUCAACAAUUACAGCGAAUUUUGCGACUUCAAUAAACGCAGCAACUCCUACGACUUCAACAAAUGCAGCGAAUGCUACGGCUUUAACAACUGCACCGACUCCUGCAACUUCAACGGCUGCCACGACUUCAACGACUUCAACAACUACACCGACUCCUGCAACUUCAACAGCAGCCACAACUUCAACAACUUCAACAACUACACCGACUCCUACGACUUCAACGACUGAUACGACUUUAACAAUUGCAGCGAAUUUUGCGACUUCAACAAAUGCAGAAACUCCUACGACUUCAACAAUUGCAGCGAAUUUUGCGACUUCAACAAACGCAGCAACUCCUACGACUUCAACAAUUGCAGCGAAUGCUACGACUUUAACAACUCCACCGACUCCUGCAACUUCAACAGCAGCCACGACAUCAACGACUUCAACAACUACACCGACUCCUACGACUUCAACGACUGAUACGACUUUAAUAACUGCAGCGUUUCCUACGACUUUAACAAUUGCAGCGAAUUUUGCGACUUCAACAAAUGCAGAAACUCCUACGACUUCAACAAUUGCAGCGAAUUUUGCGACUUCAACAAACGCAGCAACUCCUACGACUUCAACAAAUGCAGCGAAUGCUACGGCUUUAACAACUGCACCGACUCCUGCAACUUCAACGGCUGCCACGACUUCAACGAAUUCAACGACUGACACGACUUCAAUGACUGCAGCGUUUCCUACGACUUUAACAAUUGCAGCGAAUCUUGCGACUUCAACAAAUGCAGCAACUCCUACGACUUCAACAAUUGCAGCGAAUGCUACGACUUUAACAACUCCACCGACUCCUGCAACUUCAACGACUUCAACAACUAAACCGACUCCUGGAACUUCAACAGCAGCCACAACUUCAACAACUGCACCGACUCCUGCAACUUCAACGGCUGCCACGACUUCAACGACUUCAACAACUACACCGACUCCUGCAACUUCAACGAAUGCAGCAAUUCCUACGACUUCAACAAAUGCAGCGACUCCUUCGACUUCACUGACUUCAGCGACUAAUUCGACUCCUACGUCUGAAAUGACUGAAGAAUCUGAAACGACUGAAAUGAGUUGCAAUAUUUGUGAUAUCAUACAUUCUUUCUCGUAAAUCUUUUGUAAAUAAAAUGUUUCAGUUUAAUAAAAAACAAUUUAUAUUAAUAUUAUUAUUCUA